CUUUACGCCGCAACAAUCUCAUCUCGUCCACUCACACAAUUCCCCAAAUUUUUUAUGCCGUUUUUUCUUUUCUCACAUGGAAGAUGAAUCUUUUCUUUCAUGGCAAACAAGGACCCAAUUUGAACCCAUCAUCGAGCAUCGAGUUUCUGAUUUAUCCUUCCCCAGCUCUCGUUCCUUCAACGAAUUUAUCACUUUACAGGAAGCCCCGCGAGACCCACAACCCUCAUCUCAAUUAUUGACUCCGAAUGCUCCCAAGAAGAAACUUACUCGCUGCAAGACUGCUCCUGCCAUGGUUGUUUUGCAAGACCUCAGACACAAAACGCCCGAUGUUCCCAAACCACAGUCUAGCUCCAUCAUCAGGCAAGGCAUUUGCUUACUCAUGAUAUAUCUUUCGAUUGGGGUUGUCAUAUACUCCUUCAAUCGGGACCAUUUUUCCGGCGUAGAGACUCACCCUGUAGUUGAUGCACUUUACUUUUGUAUAGUCACCAUGUGCACAAUCGGUUACGGGGAUAUUACACCGACAAGCCCAGUAACUAAGGUCUUUGCAUGUGUCUUUGUAUUGGUAGGGUUUGGAUUCAUUGACAUAUUGCUUAGCGGGCUUGUUAAUUACGUCCUAGAUUUGCAAGAGAAUACGAUUCUAACUGGGCUUGUAAUGGGGGCUCAAAGAUCUCAAGAAGGAUUCUCUGCAAGAAAUUACAUAGUUGAUGUGGCAAAGGGGCGGAUGAGAAUCAGAUUGAAGGUUGGUUUGGCAUUGGGUGUGGUGGUGCUGUGUAUUGGAAUAGGGAGUCUGGUUUUGUACUUUGUGGAGGAUUUGAAUUGGAUUGAUUCAAUUUACUUAUCGGUUAUGUCUGUAACAACAGUAGGGUAUGGGGAUAGAGCCUUCAAGACCCUCCCUGGGAGGCUCUUUGCUGCCAUUUGGCUCCUUGUUUCCACACUCAUGGUGGCCCGGGCCUUCCUGUAUUUGGCAGAGGCCAGAAUUGAUAGAAGGCACCGGAGAAUAGCUAAGUCGGUGUUGCAUAGAGACAUGACUGUUGAAGAUUUGCUGGCUGCUGCUAUCAAUAACACCGGUUUCAUCAGUAAGUCAGAGUAUGUAGUAUUCAAGCUCAAAGAGAUGGGGAAGAUAGGGGAAAAAGAUAUAUUGCAAAUCUGUGACCAAUUCAGCAAGCUUGAUUCCACUAACUCUGGGAAGAUAACGCUACCUCAUCUCUUGGAGGGCCGGUCAUGACAGAGUUGGAGAGACCAAUGAAUAGUUUAUUAUGUGUUCGCUACAUUUCACUGGCCAAGAGCAGAGGCUGAAACCCCGGAAAAUCCUCUCUGCAAAAAUUUGGCAGAUGUAGGUGAUUUGUUUUGGGGGCUUCCAUAUCUUGGAGGAGAUGCAAAUGAUUGAAUCAUUUGGAGCGAACUUUUGUACAGGAACUCUACAAUUCAUAUAGAGAGUACGAAAUUUACAAC